GGAAAUCAUCGUUCUUGCCUCCUUCCUAUUUCUGAAUUCGAGCGGAAUGACACUUAAUAUGAGUACAUCUACGUUCAUUAUGUGACAGGCGUACAUAAUGCAGUGUUCAGCACGACUGCAAAGUGUCGUCAAGAAGCUCUGUAACCCCUCCUUGGCCGUACUUCAGAAGUGAGGACAAUUGGUGGGCAGCGUAAGUGACCUUAUGUGAUAUGACGGCAUUGUCUUUUCAAAAGUCCAAACAUUGGAGCGCCACGCCUCUGUCGUUCAUCAUCCAUGCUUGAAUCAUUUCUCGGGCACGUCUAAUCACGAAUCGCGAUGGGACGUACCCAGCCCUCCCUAGGACUGGCGCCACCAGCUCAACGCAAGGAUGCUCGGGCCAAGGCCGCCAAAAUGACCGUCAACAAAACCAUACCUGCAAUACUGGCAAGCAGCACGAGAGCUCGGAAAGGCGUUGAGGGCAGCACGCUUGUUGUUGAUCCUUUGGCAGGCGGCGCAAAGACUGGUGCCAAACGUCCAAAGAAGGGUGAGAAUGAAGACGGUGCAGCUGAAGUCGUUGCGAAUGAAAAGUUCAAGGUCAGAGUCAUUGUGGGUGACACGCUCACUGUGGCGAGGAUGUCAAGUCAGACCGCGAAUCGUGUAGGACAAUCAAUCAAACCGAAGAGAAACGUGGCUGUACUCAACAUGGCAAGUCCUUUGCUGCCCGGAGGUGGGUUCCUCAAUGGAGCGUCCGCUCAAGAGGAGAGUCUCUGCUUUCGUACGACCCUAUAUCCGGCAUUGAAGGACGACUUUUACCGUUUGCCGGAGGUAGGCGCAGUGUGGACAGAAGAUGUGUGCGUCUUCCGCGAUGAAGCCGGGGACGACCUGAGCAAGAACGAGCGAUGGUGGGUCGAUGUCGUUAGCGCAGGGAUGUUGAGGUUCCCUGAUGUGGAAGGCGAUGAAGGCGAGGAACCCCGGUACGCCAGUGCAAAAGACGGAGACCUUGUAGUCAGGAAAAUCAAGUGUGUUAUGGAGAUUCUGAGAUCGAAAGGGGUGGAACAAUGUGUGUUGGGUGCCUGGGGCUGCGGGGCCUAUGGGAAUCCAGUUGGGGAAGUUGCAAGAGCCUUCAAGAAGGUUAUUCUGGGCGACGGCAAGGAAUCCAAGAAACUGAAGGGAAAUGACUGGGGUGAUCUCAAAGAGAUUGUCUUUGCAAUCAAGGAGAGAAGAAUGGCCAUUGAUUUUGCCAGAUACCUUGACAAGAACCUGGAAGUCGAGGAAGUGCCCAGGAACCAACCUGAACAGAUCGACGAGCAAGAUGAAAGUGAUGCUAAGGCCAUCAGAGAACUUGAAGAGCAAAUCAGUCAGCUCGAUGUGCGCAUUGAGCAGUGCAAGACCCCUACUUUGAGGGCAUCCUUGGAGACCAUCCGUGCUGGACUCAAAGUCCAAUUGGCACAACGGUUAACAGUUAGGGCGACUACCACUUCCGCGGAGGCAGGGGUCAGUAGUGAUGAGGAUGGUGACACCUCAGAGUGAACGGGAUUUCAUGUGCCAGGAUAUACCAUAGGUCAAACACGGCUGAAGGACAGGAUUCCCGAAUAUUGAUUUCGCCCCAGAGUCCCGGAGAGAACUACGACUACAGUGAAAACUGUCCUCGAGACCAUCAGCAGCACAACAUCACGGACAAUACUGAUUCAUGGCCCUUGCUGCAAAGCUAUGCUGGGUACAGGCGG